AUGCCAGGGAGGAUCAUUGACACAUACGAACAAGUGCCGGUCACCAAGGAAAACUUGGACUGGGCAGAACUCAUCACGCUUGACCUUUCCCUGUAUGAACAGCCCGGGGGUAAGGAGCAGCUUGUAAAGCAGCUCGAGCACGCAGUCCGCCAUGUUGGGUUCUUCUACGUCAAAAACUUCAACAUCAGCCAGGAGGAAGUUGACCGGCAAUUCGCACUGGGACGGGAGUUCUACGCUCUGCCCCUCGAAGAGAAGUUGAAAUACCACAGCCAGUCCGAUCUUGAGAGUGGAGAGUACAAUGGCUAUCGGCCGGCCGGUCAUCGCAAAGUCGCCAAUGGAAUCAAAGAUAAUAUCCAAGUUUACAAUAUUCCAAAGUUCGAUGGCUUUCACAAGAGGCAGCAUGCCUCUGUUCUAGAACAGAACAUCGAAGAGAUUGAGGGGUUCAGUCGGAAAUGUCACUCGGAAGUAGUCGUGAAAUUAUUGCGCCUCUUCGCCGUCCUUUUGGAGCUACCUGAUGAGGACCAGCUCGUACGAGACCAUCAGUAUGAUGUCAAGGGUGAAGACCAUUUGCGUUAUAUGCAUUACGCCGCCCGCAACCCCGAGGAGAACCAGAAGCCCGUCGCAGCGCUACAGAUUCUCAACUCCGAGGGCAACUGGAAGUGGGUCAAGCCUCAAGACGGAACCAUCACCAUCAACACAUGCGAUGCGCUUACCGCGCUGACAGGCGGCUUGAUCAAGUCCAGCAUACAUCGCGUCCAUGCGCCGCCACAGGACCAGGCCCAUGUGGAUCGCUUAGGCGUGCUAUAUUUUGCUCGACCGAACAACCAUGUGGUGCUUGACCCCAUCGCAAAUAGCCCGCUACUCGAUCGCCUAGGUCUUAAAUCCAAUGCGUUCACUGAGCUUGGCCAGCACCUUACAACGGAGCAGUGGGUAAAAGUCAGACAGACCCAGCAGCAGCGCCCGAACAAGGCGGCGACCAUAUCGGCCGAGGGCAAGUACACCUACGAUCAGAAGGACCUGGAAAUCAUUCCAGGACUGCACGCCAAGGUUCAUAACUAG